UGAAGCAGUGGAGAGAGGAAAGAAAAAAGAAAAAUGGAGGAAGAAAAGAGAAAUUCAAAGAAACCAAUGUUUAAAGUUUCACACAUGGAGUAUCAAGGCGAAGCAAGUUUGUACAAGAAAGAAAAGGCUCAACAAAAUCUUAAGGAAAAAACAUGAUAGACUGGCAAAACAAAACUCAAAAAUCACAACAAAGCCAGAAGCUGCCGCCAAACCAAUUACUGUUCCCAAGCCAGUGCAGGCCAAGGCAAAACCAGUCAUUCAGACAGUUACUAAACAAGAGGUGCCUUCUACCAGAAUGACAAGAUCAAGUGCUAAGGAAACUGCACCAAGCAAGAAAGCUAUGUUAGAAAAGAAAUCUGUUAAAGAAACUGCAACAAAUAAAAAUGUCCCAUCUAAAAAGACAUCUCCUGUUAGAAGUUCCAGUCAGAAGAAAGAAAAAGCCCAGAAAGCAUCUAAUCUCUAUUCUAAGCUCACUGUAUCAGCUGCAGCUAAAGCUAAGGGUGCAAAUGAUAAACCAAAAGAGUUUUUGAGAGCUAAACCUCAUAAGGUAGCAAAGGUAGCGAAGAAAGAGGUUUCAAAUGAAAACUUGACAGGAUCCAAAAACAUCAAGAUAACUAUAGAUGUAAAAGUUGAAGCCACAAAUAGCUCUAAACGUAAGAAGAGCAUCAAGUUUACUGAGCCUGAUCUAGGUCGUACUGAUGAUAGCUCAUCUGGAUGUGAUGUGAACUUAUCGGAUUCAAAUGUGAAAACACCAAAACACUCUACCCCCCACAUUAUCAAAAAGCCGUUCCAAGAGUUCUGGAUCCAAGUGCAGAUACAGGAAAACACCUGCUGUCAGAAGGAGCCGUAGUUCAGCAAAGCGUCUAG